AUGAAUGUUCAUAAAAAAAUUCUGGAAAAGAAUGGAAGAUUGGACAAUCCUCAAUAAUAAUAAUAACAAUCAUAAGCAAAAGAAGAGGAAUAUAUUCAAAACACAUUAAAUAGUGAUUUAUUGCAAUUUAAUUCCUCCUAUAAUAAUAUUAGAUGUACAUCCAAUGUAUUUCCACAGUCAAAAUAAUCAUAUCUAGAUGCCAAGAUUCCAUUUGCUGUGAUGAUUUAGCCUUAUGGAUAAUCAGUAUAAGAUGGAUUUGUUUCAGUCAAUAAUGGAGGCUACCCUAUUAUAAGAUGCUAAAAAUGCAGGGCUUAUUUGAAUCCUUUCAUGAAAAUCUUAGAUGGUUUUGAUCAUUUUAAAUGCAACCUGUGUGGAUUGAUUACUCAAAUUGGAUUAAAUUCAAUGCCAAAGGAAAAUGUAAAUUAAAGAACUGAAUUAACUAUGGGAUCUUAUGACAUCAAAGCAGGUUAAGAGUAUUAAGCAAGACCUCCAAUGGCUCCUGCGUAUUUUUUCAUGAUUGAUGUUUCAACAAAGAGUGAAGCACUUUUAGGAAUAAUUGGAUAAGUGAUGAAUGAGUUAAUAAUAAGUGAAUCAUUCAAUGAAAGAACUUUAUUCGGAUUUUUAACAUUUGAUACUUCUAUUCAAUUGUACAAUUUCAAUUCAAAACUGAAAUAAACCCAGAUGUAUGUCUUAACAGAUGAUAAUGAAUUGCCUAUGCCUGGAGAAUAUCUAUUUAAUCUACAAGACUCUAAGGACAUUAUUGUUGGAUUCUUGAAUUCUUUAGGUCAACUAUUUCCGAAACCUCUUUUAAGGAGUACAUAAUUUAUUGAGGCAUUAAAGAUAUCAUAAAAAUUAAUAAAGGAGAAUGGUGCCAAGUUAAUCAUCUUAACAUCUUCACCAAUUAAAGAAUUGAGUAUUGUGGAGAAUGGGAAAUAACAGCAGUUAUAUUUAAAUAAAAGUAAAUCAGUAUUAACAUAAAUUACUGAGAGUAUGUAUUUUCAAUUUAUAUGUCCAUCCAUAUUUGUAAUUCCAAAUAAUUACAUGAACAUAUAUACUAUCAAUCAAUUGGCAACCUAUCUAAAUGGAGAUGUGUUCUAUUAUGAUGAUCCCACAGUUUAUACAACUAAAUUUAGGAAUGACUUAAAAGAAGUGUUGAGCAGAGAUUAUGCCUGGGAAUCUGUAUUUAGAAUCAGAACAUCUGCUGGAUGGAAGAUUAAACAUGUGUAUGGCAAUUACGUUGUGAAAUCCUCAGAUCUAUUGAAUAUUACAAAUUGCGAUGAUUAAAAAGUUCUAAUUUAUGAAUUAGAAUUGACUGAACCCAAUCUGUCUUAUGAUCAUCUCUAUAUAUAAACUGCUUUAUUGUAUACAUCAUCAAAAAGCGAGAGAAGAAUUAGAGUUCACAAUUAUUGUAUUCCUCUGAGCAAUUCUGUCAAAAUCAUAUACUCGCAUAUAGAUCAAAGUGCAUUGGCAAUGACCAUCUAUAAAAUGGCUUUGCAUUAAAUGAAUUCAGUUAAGAAUUUGAUUCCUGUUAAAGAAUUCAUCACAUCAACCAUUAGAUCUAUCUUUUAUAAUUGUAAGUUAUACAAUGUAAGUUUGGAUUAAAUGCAUGCUUACUCCUUAGGCAUCAUGAAAUCUAUGGUAUUGAAUUACUCUUAUGAAUAAUAAAGUAUAAUGACAGAUUAUGUCAACUACUUUAGAAUUAUAUUUCAGUAUAUUCACUUUGAUGAAUUAGUUACCUAUUUAGUACCAUAAUUAUACGAUGUGACUAAUUUACAUGAAAAUGAAUGUGUUUAUGAUGAUUAGGGAUAGUUUGUGUACCCACAAUAAUUAUCCUUAGUGUCGUCUGAGUUAGCAACGGGAGGUCUUUAUCUGAUGGAUUGUGGAUUCUGUUUAAUAUUAUAUAUAUGCAAAAUACAUGAUCCCACAUAAUUAGUAGCCUUAUUCGGUGAGAAAUACCAUUCUAAACCCUUAUAUGAGGAUGACCUAUAAUUAAACAAUGCAAUCUCUGCUCUGAUCUCCCAAUUGAGAUACAACAAAUACACAAAGUAUGCCCCCAUUGUACAUAGUCAAAUAAGGUUGCAACAGUUUAUGGGAGGAUGUAUUUCUCAAAAAUCUAAUUUAUGA